GCAUAGACCGGUGACUGGUGUACAAUCAUGGCCCGGAUACUGAUCGUUGGAGCCGGGCUGACAGGCAGUCUGUGUGCUCACCUCCUGAGGAGGGAAGUGACCGCAAACAUUCAGCUCGUAGUGUGGGACAAAUCCCGGGGAGCAGGAGGACGCAUGUCUACAAGCCGUUGUCCUUCAGAUCCAAAGUGCACAGUUGACCUAGGAGCUCAGUACAUUACUGUCACCCCGGACUAUGCUCAGAAGCACAAACUGUUUCACGAUGAGCUAGUAGCAAAAGGCAUCCUGAAACCAAUAAGUGAUGUUGUAGAAGGGAUGGUGGUGAAAGAUGGAUCUUACAACCUUGUGACUCCACAUGGAGUGUCUUCAAUUGUCAAACACUACCUCAGCCAGUCAGGUUCUGAUGUCUGUUAUGAGCGACAUGUCACACAGAUAAACCUCAGAGAUGGCAAAUGGGAAGUGUCCUGCAAAUCUGGAUCUCCUGAAGCCUUUGAUGUUGUUGUUCUCACCAUGCCAGUCCCACAGAUAUUACAGCUGGAAGGCGAUAUUGGAAAAUUAAUUAAUGAAAACCAGCGACAGAAACUGGAAACUGUGAGCUACUCCUCCCGUUAUGCCCUGGGACUCUUUUAUGAAGCUGGCACACAGAUUGACGUCCCCUGGGCAGCCAAGUACAUCACCGAUAAUCCCUGCAUACGCUUCAUCUCCAUUGAUAAUAAGAAACGCAAUCUAGAGUCUUCAGAUAUUGGACCAUCACUUGUAGUUCACACUAGUGUACCAUUUGGCAUAAAGCACUUAGAACAAGAAAAAGAUGAUGUUCAACACGUGAUCUUGAAACACCUUGGUACAAUACUACCGAAUCUUCCUAAACCAAAGGACGUCAAGUGUCAGAAAUGGAGAUACUCACAAGUUACAGAGGCCUUUCCGGAUUGUCCAGGUCAGAUAACUCUGCACAACAAGCCCUUCCUCCUGUGUGGUGGAGAUGGAUUUACACAUUCAAACUUUGAUGGAUGUACAGAAUCGGCUGUACGGAUUGUAGAAACUUUAGCCCCUUUUUUACAAAACUGACCCUAGCUGAUGAUGUACACAGCAGUGAUGUGAGGAGAACAGUUUUUAUGAGUAAG